AUUCAUACGCGCACUUCCUGUUAUAGCAUAUCAUAGCGGCACGAUAUGUCUCUCGCUAUGGAGACCAGUCCAAGUCAAGGGAAUGGUGAUGAGAAACCAAGUGAAACGGUCAAGAUUCCAGACCGACUUUUGAAGAGGGACCAGGCAAGGUUGGAAGAAGCAGAACGACGUAAAGACAUCAAGGAAGGUCGGUCAGUUACGGAGGAAAAGAGUGACUUUUUCUCCACCACAUUUAACACUGAGAGGGCAACCAUCGAUGAAUUGCUAUCUAUCUGCACCGAGGCAAACCGUGAAAAUGCUACGAAGAUUCUGGAAGAGGCAACGGUCAAAACGCAACAGCUGCAAAAGUUUCUUAACGACAGUAUGAUGUUCCUAACACCAUACGAACUGAGACAGGCCCAGGCAACCUUACAAGUGCUCCUGAGCACCAUAUCUGAAAAAAGAGAUGACAUUUUGCCCAAAAAGAAGUUUGCCUUCAAAUCUCGCAACGUGAAGAGCAAACCGGCCGAAUCCCCAUCAACCUCCAUCACUGAGCUUCCCAAAUCGGCCAGCAACCGCGAUACAGACGCAGAUGCAGCUGUCACUCCAGUGCAGUGCGUUUUUUCAAACGUCGAUUCUCAGGUUCUGAUUAAGAGAGCGGAUGAAAUCCAGCAGCAGGACGUGCUGCUGACCCACCUGACGAACUGCAAGGUGAGGCUUCUUGGCUCGCCGAGCACUCUGCAUAUCAAACAUGUUCGUGACUGUGAGAUCAUGAGCGGGCCAGUGUCAAGCUCGGUCUUCGUGGAUCAGUGCACGGGCAGCACCCUUGCCUUCCCCUGCCAGCAGCUGCGAACCCACAACACUAAGGACACUCAGAUCUAUCUGCACGUCACGAGUCGCGCCAUCAUUGAGGACUGUCAAGGAGUCAGUUUCGCUCCCUUGACUUGGACAUACUCGAACAUGGAUGCUGAUUUUGCAGUGUCUGGAUUGGACAAGAAUCGAAACAACUGGGAUCAGGUCGAUGAUUUCAACUGGCUUGCAUUUGAUACACCUUCACCAAAUUGGACUGUUAUUCCUGUAUCUGACCGGAAAACCAGUUGGGAUGACUUAGUUCCAGCUUCCUCUGAAUAGAUGGUCAUCACUGUUUGCGUAAAAAGGGGAUGAGGUGCACUUACUUAUUCUCAGUCUCCUCCACAACCCAGCCUUAGAUAAAAAAUGCACUGUUGGCAUGUAUUCACAUAUUAAUUGAUUUGUAUGUUCUAGGCAGAAUGUGCACCAAGUAAAUGAUCUAAAUAAAAACCUCUGAUUACCCA